UCUGCUCUGUGUACUUUACUUCAAUUUUCAGUUUUCUAGAUCGGUGUUUUGAUUUGAAUUGGUUGUUGUAUUUUAUCAAAUAAACCUUUACCAAAACGUUUAAUGUUAGUAUUUAGAACAGGAAAGAGUAUUAAUGCCCUAAUACUAUGGCUGGGGAAUCAUCGAAGUCGUCUAAAUCUCAGAACUUGAACCCAUCACCAACACUUCAAUGUAAAGAUCUUCAUGAAUAUCUGAAAAGCCGGUCGCCACAAUUCUUGGAAACAUUGUACAACUAUCCAACGAUAUGUUUGGCUGUUUAUCGGGAGCUGCCGGAGCUAGCGCGGCACUUCGUGAUCCGGCUGCUGUUCGUGGAGCAGCCCGUGCCGCAGGCCGUCGUCGCCUCCUGGGUCUCGCAGGCGCAUGCCAAAGAGCAGAACAAGUCAUGUGAGACAUUGUCGGAGCUGUCAGUGUGGCAGGAGGCGCCCAUCCCCGGAGGUCUACCUGGCUGGAUCCUCUCACAGUCCUUCAAGAAGAACUUGAAAGUGGCUCUUUUAGGAGGCGGGCGUCCCUGGUCAGCCUCGUCCAGCCUGGAGCCGGACGGGCGCGCGCGCGACGUGUCCUUCCUCGACGCGUACGCGCUGGAGCGCUGGCAGUGCGUGCUGCACUACAUGGUGGGGUCCGCGCAGACCGAGGGCAUCAGUGCUGAUGCGGUCCGGAUACUGUUGCACGCCAAGCUUAUGACUAGAGACGCAGAGGACGGCUCCGCGGUGAUCACGCGCGCCGGCUUCCAGUUCCUGCUGCUCAGCACUCCCAAACAGGUGUGGCUGUUCCUCCAACACUACCUGCACACGGCGGAGAAGCGCAGCCUGAGCGCGGCGGAGUGCCUCGCCUUCCUCUACCAGCUCAGCUUCAGCACUCUGGGGAAGGAUUACAGCACGGAGGGUAUGAGCAACAACAUGCUGGUGUUUCUCCAACACUUGCGAGAGUUUGGCCUCGUGUACCAGAGAAAGCGUAAAGCGGGUCGCUUCUACCCGACGCGGCUGGCCCUCAACAUCACGUGCGUGCGCGACGGCGCCGCGUCCGUGGCGCCCCUCGCAGAGCAGGCCAAGGGGUAUAUACUGGUGGAGACUAACUACAGGGUGUACGCGUAUUCACAGUCGACGCUGCAGGUGGCGUUGUUAGGACUUUUCACGGAACUUAUCUACAGAUUCCCCAACCUAGUGGUGGGUGUCCUCACGCGCGAGUCGGUGCGGCUGGCGCUGCGCGGCGGCAUCACGGCGCAGCAGAUCAUACACUACCUGGACCAGCAUGCGCACCCACAGAUGCUGAAUUCGGAGACGGGCGGCAUCCGCUCCUCGUCCCUGCUGCCUCCCACCGUGGUGGACCAGAUCAAGCUGUGGGAGAGCGAGAGGAAUAGAUUUACGUAUACUGAGGGGGUGGUCUACAACCAGUUCCUGUCGCAGGCGGACUUCGCGGUGCUGCGCGACUACGCCAAAUCAGCCGGGGUACUCACUUGGCAGAACGAGCGCUCGCGCACCAUGGUCGUCACCAGAGCAGGGCACGACGACGUCAAGAAGUUCUGGAAACGGUACUCUAAGAGCUCCUGAAGGGGUUAGAUUGUUUGGGAAGAGUGUGUGAAAGUGGCGCCUCUAGCGGGCACUGUUGGCAAC